AUGAGUACAAUGCCAUCGACACCAGUGCGUUGUGUUUCUGAUAGUACAUCACCUCUGACCCCUGCGGAGAGGACUGGAGCACCUCCGGGUGCCGGUAAGGAUGCUGUCAAACUCUUCAUCGGGCAGAUUCCACGGCAUCUGGAGGAGAAGGAUCUCCGGCCAAUGUUUGAAGAGUUUGGCAAGAUCUAUGAGCUCACCGUCCUCAAAGACAAGCACACUGGCAUGCAUAAAGGGUGUGCUUUCCUGACAUAUUUCAAUCCAGAAAGUGCCUCCAGCGCGCAGACCGCCCUUCAUGAAAAGCGAACACUACCAGGGGUAAGUAGAACCGUCACGUAG